GCCAUGAGUUCCUAAAACUCCCAGGUUCCGACGACAGAAGAAAGCGAUUCUCGUUGAAUUAGAGAAAAUUCAUUCUCAGGAAAUCGGAAAACCCAAUCCGACAAUGACAUCGGAAACGGAAACUGCCGCCUCCGUUUCUUCCCAAGAAUCCACCGUCGCCGGCGAUUCCUCCUCUCAGACAAGGCAAAGAAAGAAGAGAAAAUGGGAUCAACCUGCAGAGUCCUUGGUUUCAGCUGGGCUUGCAGUGCCUGGGAUUGUCCCAAUAGCAGCCAUGGGAACUCUUGGAGGAGUUUUAGUUCCUGGUGCAACUCCUGUUUUGAUGAACCACCCACUUGCAGUUAGCUCUAGUAAUGUUUCCAAGGUGAUUCAGGCGCCUUUGUUACAGCAACAUGCUGCUGCAAUAGUCUCGAAGUUAACCCAACCCAAGAUUCAAGAUGAAUUAAUAGCACGGGAAAUCGUAAUCAAUGACGCGGAGUCUUCUGUUCGCUACAAGCUCACAAAACGCCAGACACAAGAGGAGAUUCAAAGAUGCACUGGUGCUGUGGUGAUAACAAGGGGAAAGUAUCGUCCGCCAAACGCACCAUCUGAUGGUGAGAAGCCAUUGUAUCUCCAUAUCUCUGCAGGGGCUCAUUUGAAAGACAUGGCAGAACGAGUUCUUGCUGUUGAUUGUGCUGCUGCCAUGGUUGAAGAAAUGCUGAAACAGGGUCAUAAUUUACCAACGGAUACUCAUGCACUGAGCACAUGUGUUUUUUUGGGUUUUGAUGCGGACCCUUCAUUGAACAUUACAUCUCGAAUUCGUGGCCCAAAUGACCAGUAUAUAAAUCACAUUAUGAAUGAAACAGGAGCUACUGUCAUCCUCAGAGGUCAUGGCUCAGGAAAUACUGAAAGUCCAUCUGUUGAAGAAGGACAACAACGGCUACAUUUGUUCUUGUCGAGCAAUAAUCCAAAAAGUCUUGAAGAUGCUAGGCGUUUGGCUGAGAACCUUUUGGAUACAAUCAGUGUAGAGUGUGGUGUCUCCAGGGUUUCCUCAUCUAAGGUUUAUAGUGCUGUUCCACCCCCACAGCAGGUAUACGGUGCCGUUCCACCCCCACAGCAGUUGUUGGCUGGAGUUCUGAAUUCUAGUAAUGUAGAUGCGACUACAAGUUCAGCUACUGGAUUGACUGCUUCGACCGUGGCUAUUACACCAAUUCCUCCCAUUUCCUCGGUUAGGACUGCUGGAAUCUCUACUGUCUUUUCUCAAGGAAAUGUAUCUCAACCUGGAGGGCUUUUAAACUGUGGACAAUCUCAGGUGGACUCGUCGCAACCUCUGUUUCCCGGUGGAACGAGCUAUAGUGGAUAUGGUGGGAUAUAUCCUCAAGCCACGCCUUUGCAACAAGUUGCCCUAGCCCUUAGACAGUCAUCUUCUCCCCUCAGUGCUACGGCUGGCCCCGCAACACUAGUCCCAAGCAGGGAACCAAAGUUGAGUGUUAGCUCUAACCAUGAGAAGGAUAAACGGACUCAGCAAAGGCGGAAGUUUCAGGAGUUACCGAUUGGUUCAAAGGGUUCUGCGAAGCCCAUUCAGGUAUUUUCUCUGACCUUCUAUGAAGCUAACUAGCCGAUAGUGGACCUCUAUUGGGCAAUUGGUUUGUAUGUUUCACAGGGUAUUCACUUCUGGAGGUGCCAUGAGGAGGCGCUUACUGAAACCUUUAUCAGUGGGCAAUUCUAGCUUUCAUGCAACUUGGUUUAAAUUUUGUAGUUUGCCAAUAUUCUUAACUAGCUUGCAGAUACUGUGUGUUUCCAUUGCAAUAUUACCAGCAUUGGCUUUCUUGAUGAUACAACCUUGCAUUUGAGAUCCAAACUCCUCGUCUCCUAGACAAGGGUUUUUGUUAGCAUUCACUGGUUUUAAUAUGUGCAAGAUGCUGAAUAGACAUUUUCAGACAAUUAUAGAGUGUGUUCAUUUGCACAACUCAAGUCAUGACUUGGGUUGUGUAUGUGAGAGGAAAACACUGUAGCAAAAAAAAUUGAAUUUAUGUGAGAGAAAACACUGUAGCAAUAUCACUUGAGUCGAAAUGAACAAUGCCAUCGUUAUUCCAGUGGCAUUGACAUAGCUAUUAUUUCAAAAACAGUAGAGAAUGUUAAAAGUAUGUCAAUAUAUUGAGUUGUUCUUAGAAGAUUCACUGCAUUGAAAUUUGGCUACGUUUCAUAUACCAGCCUGAAUGCUAUCAACCUGCAUUUCUUAACUCAGUUUGAGAUUUUCGAGUGCUACAUUUAUUCCUAUCUGCCUUGGAAUGAGAUAAAUUAGAACUUCAUAUCCACCUAAAGCGACUCGCAUUGCAUGUACAAUGCUUCAUGUCUUUUCCCCCUUUUUGUAUCUAUCGGUAAAUUUAUGUGUACUAAAAUAAAUGUCGAGUAUGGCUGUAAAUAUUAAUCCUUCUCCUAUUGUUAUGUAGUGUAUUCAAUACUCAUGCACAUCCGUUAUUUAAUAAUAUUGAGAUAUGCUGGGGUUUCUUCUGCUAACUCACUGUAGGGUUCUGAAUUUUUAAAGGCAGUUGAAGUAUCAGCAGAUCUGGGUGUUAGGAAUGUG